AUGAUUCUAGUGGUUGCUGUUGUUCUGAUUCUUUCUGCCAACGCCGCGACGACUUCGUUCAAUAAGCCGAACAUCUACAGUUGGCUGCAGCUGAACAGCUACAUCUGUGAGAAUUUCUCUUCGUUUUAGUUUUAUGCACCAGGAAAACCAAAACUUUUUUUUUUAAUUUUCUUAGACGCUACAUUGAGAUAAUUAUAUUUUUUUCUUACCUAUAAAAAAAAAAUUAAAAUUGAGCUGGACGUUGUUUUCAGGUGAUCCUUCUCUGUCUGGCCAAGCGUCUUUCAGGUUCCUGACGCCGACAGAAGCGAUUCGGCUGCGUUGUGCUUGCGGAGAUGUUUCAGUGACACGCACAGCCUGCGGCCGUAGAAGCUUCGAGAAACCUUCCUGUUUUGCACGUGAGUACAGUUUUCACUUUCUGAGCUGAACGAUUGGUUCCAGUACCAGCCAUUUGUAUGCAGGAGUACUCGGUCAUUUUCGCUAACGCUGCAAAUCGUAUCGGCAGUUUGUUUUUGUUUGUUGCCUCAGACAAUCGAUCAAUAGUUCAUUUUGUUGUUGUAGUUACAGACUUAGUCGACUAGAGACGAUCAAAACUUUGAAAGCUAUAGCGAACAAUACCAGUCAUCUGUAUGCAGAAGUCGCCUCGUUCUUCCGCGCGUAGUUCAUCCAGUUGCUACUUGACAAGCUCAGAACACAGCGGAUGUUAUGCCGGGAACAGUUCUCUAGGGGGAGCCUCAAAACGAAAUUAGUCACUUCGAGUGGAAACUUUUCACGGAAUUUCAAACUUAUGCCGUGUUCAAAGUAAUUUCGCGAAAUGCAAAAUGAUCUCUGACUUUCCAAAAUUUAGUUAUAUUUUUCUUUCUAUGACGGCUAUUUUGCAUUUCGCGAAAUUACUUUGAACACGGCAUUAGUUUACAAAAAAAAACAUGAUUCGAAACUUGAACGAAAUUUAAAAAGGAUAACUUGAUUUUCAAUGACAUUUAAUUCAAGACUAUAUCACAUUCACCGUAUUCUCGAUGAAUGCCAUCAAUUUCAGUUGUUUUUUCUGUAUGGCUCUUCAGGUAAAGGACCGUCUGCAGCCCGAAGGCCUUCCAGAACUUUCACUCAGCCACGAACAAGACAAAAGACGGCGUUCCGAUUCACAAAGUUUUUUUUAUCCAAAAAAAAAAUGCAGAGACUGGUUUCAGGAAGAGAGCGACAAGACGAAGGCCCAUCCAAAGAAGCAGGACCAAACAUUUUUGA